GCGCUCUCUCUCUCUCUCUCUCUGUAUCUCGUUCUGUACAUUUUUUUUCCCUCUCUUGCAUUUUCUAUUUUUGUUUAUUUUCCGCAGAAACCGGCGGUUGGUUGGGUUUGGCUCUUCCUCCAAACUCGAAAAUCUCUGGCACCUGACAGGGGGAUUCUCGUUUGCCAACUUGUAAAAAGGAACAACAUAUAAAGAUUUUGUUUUGAUUUCUUGUAUGAUUUAAACAAAAACACCUCUGCAGUCUCUCCGAAUCAGUCGGAUUUUUAUUUACUUUUCGCUGGAAUCAUUCACGGAGCUGGAACAAGAAGCCGCCGUUAUUAUUUUGUGGAGAAGGAAGUUGGAACAUUUAGAUAUGUGAAUUUCUCGUUACGAAAAAACUGAUUAUAGCGGUGUGAAAAUCUCCAACUUCCUAGUUCCUUAUGUUUCUCGCGGGUUUGUGGGUUAAUCCGCGUCAGACAUUUUUAUUUGAAUUUUGAGUUUCAUUACGUAUCGGCUAAUACUAUAUCCGAGUUUAUUAACCUAAAAGAACUCAAAUCUCUAUACGAGUCAUUUAAUUUUAUACUCUUAGUACCGUAGAUUCGGGAACCCAACCGUUGUUGAAUUCUCGGUGAAUUUUCGUAAAUGUCGACGAGCUCGGGCUCCUUUCUCCAGCUCCGGACCGGUUCAUUCUGUGCUCUGCCCUUACUUAACAAGCCCUCAAACCAACAACCGAAACUCAAUGUAGCUCCGAGAGUUCCGACUACCCGGUUUAAUACGCGAUGCAUUGCGGCGAAGAAGUUGGUGAAUGUGACAGACAAGAGAUUCCUCGGGACGCGAUUGCGGGCGCCCGGGUUGGAAAGGGUUCAACUUUGGCGGUCGGACGGGCCCGGAAGGUCGCCAAAGCUCACGUUCGUCGUCCGCUCGGCGUUAUCCGCUGUUCCGGAGAAGCCGCUCGGGCUGUAUGACCCGUCGUUCGAUAAGGACUCGUGUGGGGUCGGUUUCGUCGCGGAGUUAUCAGGCGAAAGUAGCCGCAAAACAGUUACGGAUGGUGUGGAGAUGUUAGUACGAAUGUCACACAGAGGUGCUUGUGGCUGUGAAACCAACACUGGCGACGGGGCCGGAAUUCUUGUCGGCCUUCCUCACGAGUUCUAUCAAGAGGUUGCCAAGGAUCAUGGGUUCGAGCUUCCACCACCGAAGGAAUAUGCCGUUGGCAUGUUCUUUUUGCCCAAAUCUGAGAGUCGAAGAGAAAAAAGCAAAAAUGUAUUUACAAAGGUUGCGGAGUCUCUUGGGCAUACUGUACUUGGAUGGCGACCUGUGCCAACAGAUAACAGAAAAUUGGGGAAGUCUGCAUUGCAGACAGAACCUGUGGUCGAGCAAGUGUUCCUUACCCCCAUUCACGGGUCACAUGUUGAUUUGGAGCAGCAGAUGUACAUAUUGAGGAGGGUUUCAAUGGUUGCUAUACGAGCUGCACUAAACCUUGAACAUGGUGGUGCUAAGGAUUUCUAUAUCUGUUCCCUUUCCUCAAGGACCAUUGUUUACAAAGGUCAGUUAAGGCCAGAUCAGUUGAAGGAUUAUUAUUAUGCGGACAUUGGCAAUGAAAGGUUUACAAGCUACAUGGCCCUGAUACACUCUCGGUUCUCAACAAAUACAUUUCCUAGUUGGGAUCGUGCUCAACCUAUGCGUAUCUUGGGCCACAAUGGAGAAAUCAACACACUUAGGGGCAACGUAAACUGGAUGAAGGCACGUGAGGGUCUGUUAAAGUGUGAGGAGCUUGGUCUCUCAAAGAAUGAGUUAAAGAAGCUUCUACCCAUUGUAGAUGCCAGUUCAUCUGAUUCAGGAGCUUUUGAUGGUGUCCUUGAGCUUCUAGUUCGAGCUGGCAGAAGUCUCCCUGAAGCUAUCAUGAUGAUGAUUCCUGAAGCAUGGCAAAAUGACGAGAAUAUGGAUCCUCAUCGAAAGGCAUUAUAUGAAUACUUCUCUGCUCUGAUGGAGCCAUGGGACGGCCCAGCUCUUAUAACAUUUACUGAUGGCCGCUAUCUGGGAGCAACAUUGGAUCGCAACGGGCUGCGACCUGGUCGUUUCUACGUCACCCACAGUGGACGAGUUAUAAUGGCCAGUGAAGUUGGUGUAGUAGACAUUCCACCUGAAGACGUGUGUAGGAAAGGGAGACUAAACCCUGGCAUGAUGCUUUUGGUGGAUUUUGAAAACCAUAUUGUUGUUGAUGAUGAAGCCUUGAAGCAGCAAUACUCACUGGAAAGGCCUUAUAGCGAGUGGCUUAAAAGGCAAAAAAUUGAACUCAAAGACAUAGUUGAAUCUGUUCAGGAAUUUCAAAAAGUCAAUCCAGUUGUGAGUGUAAUUCCGGCAUCUGGAGAUGAUGAUGGCUUGGAAAGCAUGGGAAUUCAUGGUAUAUUGGCUCCAUUAAAAGCUUUUGGUUACACUGUUGAAGCCUUGGAAAUGUUGUUGCUUCCCAUGGCAAAAGAUGGUGUAGAGCCCCUUGGAUCAAUGGGAAAUGAUACUCCCUUAGCUGUAAUGUCUAACAGAGAAAAGCUCACUUUUGAAUACUUCAAGCAAAUGUUUGCUCAGGUGACGAACCCUCCAAUCGAUCCCAUUCGGGAGAAGAUAGUCACCUCAAUGGAGUGCAUGAUUGGUCCAGAAGGAGACCUGACGGAAACCACUGAAGAACAGUGUCAUCGACUCACACUAAAAGAUCCUCUCUUAUCCGUUGAAGAAAUGGAAGCAAUAAAAAAGAUGAAUUAUAGAGGUUGGCAAAGCAAGGUUCUGGACAUAACUUAUUCGAAAGAACGAGGUAGGAAUGGACUGGAGGAGACCUUGGAUAGGAUUUGUGCUGAAGCACAUGAUGCGAUUAAAGAGGGUUAUACCUUACUUGUGAUUUCUGAUAGAGCUUUCUCACCUAAUCGCGUUGCGAUAAGCUCCCUCUUGGCUGUUGGUGCCGUCCAUCAACAUCUUGUUAAGAAACUUGAGCGCACUCGAGUUGGGUUGAUAGUUGAAAGUGCUGAGCCACGUGAAGUGCACCACUUCUGUACGCUUGUUGGGUUUGGUGCAGAUGCUAUAUGCCCAUACUUGGCUAUCGAAACCAUUUGGAGAUUGCAAGUUGAUGGAAAGAUCCCAACAAAAUCAAGUGGUGAAUUCCACUCAAAGGAAGAGCUGGUUAGGAGGUACUUCAAAGCAAGCAACUAUGGAAUGAUGAAGGUUCUUGCUAAGAUGGGGAUAUCAACUUUGGCCUCUUACAAGGGUGCUCAGAUAUUUGAAGCUCUCGGUCUUUCGUCAGAAGUGACAGAGAGGUGCUUUGCAGGCACUCCAAGUAGAGUUGAGGGUGCAACAUUUGAGAUGCUUGCUUGUGAUACACUUCAUCUGCAUGAGUUGGCAUUUCCCUCUCGGUGCUUUCCUCCCAAAAGUGCGGAAGCUGUAGCACUGCCUAACCCAGGUGAUUAUCAUUGGAGGAAAGGUGGUGAGAUUCACCUCAAUGAUCCCCUUGCAAUAGCAAAGCUACAAGAGGCUGCCCGAACCAACAGUGUUGCUGCCUACAAAGAGUACUCCAAGCUUAUCCAUAAAUUGAAUAAAGCCUGCAAUUUGCGGGGGUUAUUAAAAUUUAAAGAGGCAAAGGUGAAAGUCCCUUUGAAUGAAGUGGAACCUGCCAGCGAGAUUGUCAAACGGUUCUGUACUGGGGCCAUGAGUUAUGGAUCCAUAUCAGAGGAGGCUCACAUAAUCCUGGCUAUUGCUAUGAAUAGAAUUGGAGGAAAGUCGAAUACAGGCGAGGGAGGUGAGCAGCCAUCUCGUAUGGAACCUCUUUCAGAUGGUUCCAUGAACCCAAAAAGAAGUGCAAUUAAGCAGGUUGCGAGUGGAAGAUUUGGAGUUUCAAUUUAUUAUCUUACCAAUGCUGAUGAAUUACAAAUAAAAAUGGCUCAGGGGGCAAAGCCUGGUGAAGGAGGUGAACUUCCAGGUCACAAGGUCGUAGGAGAAAUUGCGGUCACCAGGAAUUCUACCGCUGGGGUGGGACUGAUUAGUCCACCACCCCAUCAUGAUAUAUAUUCAAUUGAAGACCUCGCCCAAUUAAUUCAUGAUCUUAAGAACUCCAACCCAACGGCUCGAAUUAGUGUGAAGUUGGUAUCUGAAGCUGGUGUGGGAGUAGUUGCUAGUGGAGUAGUGAAGGGGCAUGCCGACCAUGUCUUGAUCUCAGGUCAUGAUGGAGGUACAGGGGCCUCUAGAUGGACGGGAAUCAAGAAUGCUGGGCUCCCGUGGGAACUUGGUUUGGCUGAGACUCACCAGACAUUGGUUGCUAAUGACCUUCGCGGUCGAACAGUUCUCCAGACAGAUGGGCAGCUGAAAACGGGAAGAGAUGUGGCCAUAGCCGCUCUUCUUGGUGCAGAAGAAUUUGGCUUCAGCACAGCACCUCUCAUUACACUUGGUUGCAUCAUGAUGCGGAAGUGCCACAAAAAUACCUGUCCUGUUGGCAUUGCCACUCAAGAUCCAGUACUUAGAGGAAAGUUUGCUGGAGAACCGGAACAUGUUAUUAACUUUUUCUUCAUGGUAGCAGAGGAAAUGAGGGAAAUUAUGUCACAGUUAGGGUUUCGAACUGUAAAUGAGAUGGUUGGCCGUUCAGAUAUGCUUGAAGUUGAUAAAGAAGUGAUUAAGAACAAUGAGAAGCUGGAGAAUAUUGAUCUAUCUCUUUUACUUAGACCUGCAGCUGAGCUUCGGCCUGAAGCGGCACAGUACUGUAUCCAGAAACAGGAUCAUGGCUUGGACAUGGCUUUGGACCAAAAACUUAUUCCAAUGUCCAAAGCUGCAUUAGAAAAGGGUCUUCCUGUUUACAUUGAAAAUCCAAUCUACAAUGUGAACCGUGCUGUUGGAACAAUGCUUAGCCAUGAAGUGACUAAACGCUAUCAAAUGGCGGGGCUUCCUGCAGAUACCAUCCAUAUCAAAUUCACUGGAAGUGCAGGUCAGAGCCUUGGAGCAUUCCUCUGCCCUGGAAUCACGCUUGAGCUUGAAGGUGACAGCAAUGACUAUGUUGGUAAAGGAUUAUCUGGUGGCAAGAUUGUAGUUUAUCCUCCAAAUGAAAGCAUGUUUGAUCCCAAAGAAAACAUUGUAAUAGGUAAUGUGGCUCUCUAUGGGGCAACAAGUGGAGAGGCAUAUUUCAAUGGGAUGGCAGCAGAAAGAUUCUGUGUACGUAAUUCAGGGGCCAAGGCAGUUGUGGAAGGUGUAGGCGAUCAUGGAUGCGAGUAUAUGACUGGUGGUACUGUUGUUGUGCUUGGAAGAACUGGUAGGAAUUUUGCUGCUGGUAUGAGUGGUGGCAUUGCUUACAUUCUUGAUGUGGAUGGAAAAUUCCAUUCUCGAUGCAAUCCUGAGCUUGUGGAUCUUGAUCAACUUGAAGAGGAGGAUAUCAUGACUGUUAGAAUGAUGGUUCAGCAACACCAACGUCACACAAACAGCCAGCUAGCGAGAGAAGUACUUGCUAACUUUGAGAAUCUUCUCCCUAAAUUCAUUAAGGUUUUCCCAAGGGAGUAUAAACAGGCUCUUGCAAACAUGAAAGCAGAGGAAGCCUCCAAGGAGGCUGUGGAAGGUGCUGGUAAAGAAGCUGAGGAAAAAUAUGAGGCUGAACUAAUAAAAAAAGAUGCUUUUGAAGAGCUAAAAAAGUUAGCAGCUGCAUCUUUAAAUGGGAAUUCUAAUCAGAAGGCAGAAGAGGCUGAACCAUUGAAGAGGCCUGCAUGCGUUACUGAUGCUAUUAAACAUCGAGGUUUUAUUUCUUAUGAUCGUGAGGGUGUUCAAUACAGGGAUCCCAAGAUCCGGAUGAAUGACUGGAAGGAAGUUAUGGAGCAAUCAAAACCUGGCGCACUUCUCAAAACUCAGUCUGCACGUUGCAUGGAUUGUGGUACUCCUUUCUGCCAUCAGGAGAAUUCCGGAUGUCCUCUUGGAAACAAAAUACCUGAAUUCAAUGAGUUAGUGUACCAAAAUCGAUGGCGUGAAGCAUUAGACCGGCUCCUUGAGACAAAUAAUUUCCCUGAGUUUACUGGCCGAGUGUGUCCAGCACCUUGUGAAGGUUCUUGUGUACUGGGCAUUAUUGAGAAUCCUGUAUCUAUCAAGAGCAUUGAGUGUGCGAUUAUAGACAAGGCAUUUGAGGAGGGAUGGAUGGUACCACGACCUCCUCUCAAGAGAACUAGGAAAAGAGUGGCUGUUGUUGGAAGUGGACCAGCUGGCUUAGCUGCUGCAGAUCAGCUAAACAGAAUGGGUCACACAGUGACGGUGUAUGAACGCGCUGACAGAAUUGGAGGUCUUAUGAUGUAUGGUGUUCCGAAUAUGAAGGCUGACAAAGUGGAUAUAAUUCAACGGCGAGUGAACCUUAUGGCUGAAGAAGGUGUCAAUUUUUUGGUUAAUGCUAAUGUUGGAACUGAUCCGUUGUACUCUCUUGAACGUUUUCGAGAGGAAAAUGAUGCUGUUGUGUUGGCUGUUGGAGCCACAAAACCAAGGGACCUUCCUGUACCAGGACGGGAGCUAUCAGGAGUCCAUUUUGCAAUGGAGUUUCUUCAUGCAAACACCAAAAGCUUGCUUGACAGCAAUUUACAGGAUGGCAAUUACAUUUCUGCCAUGGGAAAGAAAGUAGUGGUCAUUGGUGGAGGUGACACUGGCACAGAUUGCAUAGGGACAUCUAUUCGGCAUGGCUGUAGUAGCAUCAUAAACUUAGAGCUUCAACCUGAACCACCACAAACCAGGGCACCAGGCAACCCUUGGCCACAGUGGCCUCUUAUAUUCCGUGUAGACUAUGGUCAUCAGGAAGCUGCUUCCAAGUUUGGACAAGACCCAAGAUCUUAUGAGGUAUUGACCAAGCGGUUUGUGGGAGAUGAGAAUGGUGCAGUUAAAGGAGUUGAAGUUGUACGUGUCCACUGGGAGAAGGAUGCUAGUGGAAAGUUUCAAUUCAAGGAAGUUGAGGGCUCUGAGGAGACUAUCGAGGCUGACCUUGUCCUGCUAGCCAUGGGAUUCCUUGGCCCUGAGUCGAUAGUAGCAGAAAAGUUGGGAUUGGAGCGAGACAAUCGAUCAAACUUCAAGGCCGAGUAUGGCCGUUUCUCAACCAAUGUGGGUGGGGUCUUUGCGGCUGGUGAUUGCCGGCGUGGCCAGUCCUUGGUGGUAUGGGCAAUAUCUGAAGGCCGACAAACCGCUGCCCAGGUUGACAAAUAUCUUAUAAGAGAAGAAAAAGGCCCUGCUGCUAGCCCUGUGAUCCGGGAUGAUCUUACCAAGAGGCAUCAUGAUCUUCCCAAGCUGCACCAAGACAGUAGCAAACACACAGUAAUGACAUAGCUGACCUCAAUUUUUCCACCCCACCAUUUGAAAGACGAUGUAUAGAGAAAUUAUUUGUAAAUUGAUCUUUCUCAUGGUUGCCCACAAGUGUUGCUCAACUCCCAGUUCUCGACACAACACAAGCCCAGGGAAUUUUGAGCAGGAGGAAUAAGUAGGUUGCUUGAGGUGGCAAGGUUUUGCAGAAAGCAAGAAGUAGCUUCAAUAGGGUCCGGGAUAGGUUUUCAUAUAUUAUGUUCAAUUUCUUUAUUUUUAGUGUUUAAAGGUUCUAUCCGUUUGCUGUUUGAAGUUUAGUUCAUUUGGUUGUUUAAGAAAUCAUGUACAGUUUGUUUAUGUUCAAUUUCAGCAUGCUUGAAUCUGUAUUCUUAGCACCGAGCUCUCUUGAGUUGAAUAAAGUAUAAUAUUUUUAUUUCAUUUUA